GCGUGCUAAACAUAGACGUUACUACUCAAUGGCUUUGCUAAUCCAAUGUUCUGUCGUCUCUAUACCCAUUGUCAUUGAGUACGCCAAGCGCUGCGAGGAGUUUGUGUGCUAAACAUAGACGUUACUCCUCAAUGGCAUUGCUAAUCCCAUAUUUCGAGACACAAAUGAUAUAAAUGGCAGAAACUAGGAUGGUGUACCGGCAAUGCGUGAAGUACCUGAGAAACGUCAGACAGAAGAAGCGUCAAGUGCUCAGGUGUCAGUGUACCCGUCUCCGGUGGCUGUUUCUAUGGUUACGCGCGAGGCCACGCCAGAUCCUUGCAGUGCUAUGUAUACUCACACUCCUUCACCUACAUUUGAGAGUCUUACCACAAUCCAUGGGGUACUACAACAAGCCAUGUUACCUCAGUCGAGAGGAGAUCAACAAUAUGAAAUAUAUGCUCACACAAGUCACUGCGGCAUUUAAUAAACAAAACGUGACGUAUUGGUUGGACUAUGGUACGCUGUUGGGGGUCUGGAAAACAGGGGAGAUAAUUCCAUACGACGGCGACAUUGACAUUGGGAGACAUUUCACAGGAAUCACAGCUGACUCGCUUAUGAUCCAAGAAGCACAGAAACAAUUGAAUCAAUACAAUGUAAUAAUCAACAACUUCCAGGCCAAGUAUAAAGGAAGCACAUCAGAUUUAUUUAGAUGGGAGACCUACGGAAACACGACCAAAAUGCUCAGAAAGUGGUACCCGUUUGUCGAACACUUUGGCACCAUUGAAGCUAUAGCCAAUUAUUUCAUGCCUUCGGAAAUACCCUAUGACGUCAUAUUUCCUACAAGGGAGCUAACCGUGUACGGGGUAAAGAUGAAGAUUCCCAACAAGCCCCUAUACUUGCUCAAGAACCGUUAUCCAUUAACUUGGUUUAUAUCAUUUCCAUAUAAAUGGAAAUGUUUCUUUGAGUCAAAGCCAAGCUGAAAACUGUACGUUUAAAACCUUGACUGGAUCGCAGAAACGCAACCCAAUUAUGAGGAGAAAGGUAAAGAUUGUCAGCGGGUCAUCUUUGAGUUGUCCAUCGCGAGUGAUAUGUCUUCGCCUUGUCCCUGCCUCAGCAUUAGAAGCGGGUGUUUUUGCAACCAACGGGACAGGGGAACAUGGCUGAUAUACCAAAGUGGUUGCUUCGUCGGCCGUCCCCGGGUUUUUCCAGAUAUAACAUGAAAUGUUCUUUUCCCCUAAACCAUUCCGAACAUUUCCGAAAUUUUGCAGGAAUUUGACAUUUGUUCUCAAAGGCGAGAGGUUAUGGAUGUCAACUUCUUUAUUUUGUAUUCCUCAAAAGUUGAAAUCCAUAAAGUCUCGCCAACAUGUGUAUCACGUCUAAAUGCCGUUCAAAGAAUUUGUUCUGAAGUUGUCGGCAGUAAUAUACGUUCCAGAAUACAGAAAUGUACCCAAACCAAAA